CUGGUGGUCUUGAUUGGUUGAAUUUGCCCUCUCCUACCUUGACUCAAUUUCUGCGCUUUAUUGCCCUGGUGAAAUUCCUUGCAUCUCUGCUGCGAAUUUUCCAGCCUCUAGUCUACUGGUGGCUGGGGCGUGCAUGAACAAGGAAGAGGCUCGACAGUGUAGGGUAAAAGUUUUGAAGCAAAGCAAGUCCUUAUUACGAUUACGCGGGUGUGCGUGAUCCCCAAAAUUAAAAAGGAAGGACAUAGUUGAUUAUUUUCAAGACAACUGCUUUACGAACGAUUAAUAGUAAACUGUAAUUUUGAGCUUUGAGUUGGACAUCCCGGUGGGAACUACGCGUAGACGGCAAUGACUGACUGGUUAUAGUUUUCAAAUCCGAGGUUUCUCAGCUUGGGUGUUGCUGUUGGCAAAGAAUCCAAACCCUAUAUUAUUAUAAUUUGGGAAUAGGGAAACAAUUUAAAAGGGAUUAAAAAUGCCGGACCUAAUCUCAGUGUUGGAAUUCAUGGCCGAGACAAACGAAGAUUACAAAGCUCCCACGACUUCCAAUUUCACCACUCGAAUGUGUCAUUGUAGGAAUACCGUGGCAGCACUGGAAGAGGUUCUGGAUGGAGACCGCAGUGUGCUGCACAAAAUGAAGAAGUCAGUCAAGGCCCUCAACGCCUCUGGUCUUGCCCAUGCAGAGAAUGAGGAGCAGUACAUCCAGGCCCUGGAGAAGUUUGGGGAAAACUGCGUCUGCCGAGACGACCCUACCCUGGGAUCAGCCUUCUUCAAGUUUUCUGUGUUCACCAAAGAGCUCACUGCUCUAUUCAAGAACCUGUUUCAGAACAUGAACAACAUCAUCACUUUCCCCCUGGACAGCCUGCUGAAGGGGGAUUUGAAAGGUGUGAAAGGGGAUCUGAAAAAGCCAUUCGAUAAGGCCUGGAAAGACUAUGAGACAAAACUCACGAAGAUCGAAAAGGAAAAGAAGGAACACGCCAAGCAGCACGGGAUGAUCCGCACUGAGAUCAGCGGCGGGGAGAUCGCUGAGGAGAUGGAGAAAGAGAGGCGUUUCUUCCAGCUGCAGAUGUGCGAGUAUCUCCUCAAAGUGAAUGAAAUUAAAGUCAAGAAGGGGGUUGACUUGCUCCAGAACCUGAUCAAAUAUUUUCAUGCGCAGUGCAACUUCUUCCAAGAUGGGCUGAAGGCAGUGGAGAACCUCAAACCCUCAAUUGAGAAACUGGCCACAGACUUGGUAGCUAUCAAACAGACACAGGAUGGGGAGAGGAAGCAGCUCACCCAACUACGGGACCUCCUGAAGGCCUCCCUGCAGGUGGAGCAGAAAGAGGAUGGCCAGGCACGGCAGAAUGCCUCUUACAGUUUGCACCAACUCCAGGGAAACAAGGAACAUGGCACGGAGAUAAGUGGCUUCCUGUUCAAGAAGAGUGAUGGUCUCAGGAAAGUAUGGCAGAAGAGGAAGUGUACUGUGAAGAACGGUUACCUGAGCAUCUUCCAUGGAGCGGGAACCCGACCUCCUGCUAAGCUGAACCUUUUAACCUGUCAAGUGAAGUGUAGCACAGAUGAGAAGAAAAGCUUUGAUCUGAUAUCUCACAACCGGACGUAUCACUUCCAGACGGAGGACGAGCAGCAAUGUCAGAAAUGGAUCUCUGUGCUCCAGAACAGCAAGGAGGAAGCCUUGAGCGACGCCUUCAAGGGCGACCAGAAGGUGGGGGAGAACAACAUCGUGCAGGAGCUCACCAAGGCCAUCCUGGGCGAGGUGAAGAGGAUGUCGGGGAACGAUGUCUGCUGCGACUGCGGAGCGCCAAAUCCUACCUGGCUCUCCACCAACCUGGGCAUCCUCAUAUGCAUUGAAUGUUCCGGAAUUCAUCGGGAGAUGGGUGUUCACUACUCCAGGAUACAAUCUCUGACAUUGGAUGAUCUCGGAACUUCAGAACUCUUGCUGGCCAAGAACGUGGGGAACGCGAGCUUUAACGAGAUCAUGGAGGCGCGCCUGUCGGAGGAAGGAGUGGCCAAGCCCGAGCCUACCAGUGACAUGCAGGUGCGGAAGGACUACAUCAUGGCCAAGUACACGGAGAAGCGCUUCGUCCAGAGGAAGUGCCCCGACGCCUCAGCCAAACUGCGCGCCCUGUGCGACGCGGUAAAGAGCCGAGACAUCUUCGCCCUGAUCCAGGUUCACGCCGAAGGGGUGGACCUAAUGGAGCCCGUUUCACUGGCCAAUGAACACGAGCCAGGGGAGACAGCACUUCACCUGGCUGUGCGGCUAGUGGACCGGACCUCACUCCACAUCAUGGACUUCCUGACCCAAAACAGUGGGAACCUGAACAAGCAGACGGCCAAAGGCAGCACGGCCUUGCACUACUGCUGUCUGACGGACAACAGCGAGUGCCUGAAGCUACUGCUACGAGGCAAAGCGGCCGUGGACAUCGUUAAUGAGGCUGGUGAGACUGCCCUGGACAUCGCCAAGAGACAGAGACACACACAGUGUGAGGAGCUGCUUACCCAAGUUCUGGGGGGAAAGUUCAAUGCCCGCGUUCAUGUGGAGUAUGAGUGGCGACUGCAUCAUGACGAUCUGGAUGAGAGUGACGAUGACAUGGAGGACAAGCCCAUCCCCAACCGUCGCGAAGAGCGUCCGGUCAGCUGCUUUGUGCCGGGCUCGCAUGGCCUGCAGCCGAACAUGGCUUCCCUGGCCCGGGACGCGGCGAGCUUAGUCAGAGACCGCCAGAGGAGCUACAUUCCCAGUAUGGUCAGCAAUGAGACCUACGGAACCUUCCUGAACCUCUCCCCUCCUCCCCCUGGACUGCCCGGAUUGGCAGUCCCUCAGCUGCCCCCUCGGAGCCUGAGCAAAGCGCCGCCCCCGGUCCCGAGCCAUGGAAUUCAGUCUGGGGUCUCAGGUGCAUGGAAGUCCGACACCAUGGAGAUAGUGGGCCGACAGAGGUCCUCCUCUGACCCACAGAACCUGUACCCCCAUGAGUCUCCCACCGCUACAUAUGUUCUCCCACCUGUUCCACCGCCACCUCCCAUACCAAAGUCCAUGAAGAGGCCAGUGCCACCAGCACCCCCUGGGCCCCCCAUGACCACCCUGCCCCCUGUGCCCCUGGUCAGGUUCAUCCCACCCCCACCUCCACUGCCUGGUCCACCUCCACCCCCACUGCCUGGUCCACCUCCACCCCCCCUAGUUCCUGCUCCUCCACCCCCAUUGCAUGGCCCAUCCUCCAGCAGAGGCCCAAAUCCACCUAAAUCUCCCAGCAGAAGGGAGAAAUCCACAAAUAUGAGAGGUCCUUCCAUGCCCAGACCUGCUGACGGACCAGGACCUGAAUCCCCUUCAAGCUCUGCGGGUAGGCCCCCUGCUCCCAUGCCCCGGACUUCACACCACAAACACAAGCUUCAGAGGGUGAAAGCCAUCUAUAACUGUGACGCUGAUAACCCUGAUGAGCUCACGUUCAAAGAGGGCGAGGUGAUCGUGGUGGAUGGGGAAGAGGACCCUGAGUGGUGGGUGGGCCAUGUGGAAGGUGAGCCAAUGAGGAGGGGCGUUUUCCCUGUAACCUUCGUGCACUUCUGCACAGACUGACAGCGGGGAGUUUUCCACCCUGCGUGUUGAGAGAGGCCUACAUCUACCAGCUCUGCAGCCCCUGAACUCUCUUCCAUACCCACAGAUACUCACUCAUGAGCAACAGGAGGUCCAGCCACUGGAGUCAGAGCUCAUGGGAAUGUUUUUACUCCUGAACUGUAUAUAUUUUUAAAAGAUCAUGGACAAUGUUUUCUGCAAGAUAUGCACUUUUACUUAUGUAUUUUGUUUUUGGUGUAAAAACUGAAAGAAAAGGAAGCAGAUGCGAGUGGUGGGGUUGAUCAGUAACCACUGUGCAGGGAACAAUAUAGGAACAGAAAAAUGUAUGUACUUUUGGGAUUUUUGUACGCAAAUAUAGAAUUUUACUACUGA